GAUCAAUCAGCCGCUCGCAAGAUUGCGGGACACCACGAGGAGUCAAUUGAAGCGAAUGGGUGACUUGUACUCCAAUACUGCCGAGCUGUCCUCUCCCAUUCAUCGUACGGAGGCGCAGUUCCAUACAGGUGACGAUGACGACGACUCAAGUCGACGGUCUCCUCGUCAGUGCAAACAGCUAUUAGGCAAGCUGGCUGCACUGGCCGACACCGUUAACCAGUGGGAAGACGACAUAGCGCAUCACGAUGUGCACAGACCAAUUAAAGCAGUGGCAGUACCUCCACCCAAACCCAGCCGGCAGGGAAAGAAAGGACCUGCCCCGCAACCGCCUAAGCGAGACGAGGGCGACGAAGGCGGGAAAACAAAGCAAUUGAAAUGGGAUCCCAAGGUACUGAGCUCAUUGGAGGCCCAAGGUUUUCAACGCCGUGAUUCGUCCACCAUUAAACAUACCUAUGAUUAUGCCAAACAGGGAGAGGCGGCAGCCACUGCAACUGACACUGCCAAGCCGCCAGUUCCGGGAAAAUCGACGGCGGUCAGCAAGGUGGCCAGGACUUUUGGGCCCACCGCUUCAGCGGCGGUAUCCACGAAAAUAGCUUCUGUCUCUGGUACAAGCGUCAAGCCUGGCUUAGUAUCCGGGCGAGCAGCCAUCUUUGAAAACAAAGCGGGCGCUGGAGGGCAGAUGCAAGGAGGACACCGCUUCCAAAAGGAUCCGUGCGAGUUUUCACUUAAGGAGCGUAUGAAGCUUUUUGAGACCGGCAACAAUAAGGCCAUACUGCCGAAGGCUCCAAUAGCAACUGCAGCCAGCAUUACUCAGAUAAGACAAGAGGAGUCGAAAGGUGUGUGCGUCUUCGGUGGUAUAUUAAGCCUAACUCCCAUUGCUGCUUUUCCUGAUCCCAUAGCCCAUGUUGCUGCUGUGCAUCCUGUCACAGCGGCUGCUGUCUCCUCUACUGUGAGCGCUGUGGCGGCUCAAAAGCCCAAGCCAGAGAAUAAGUUGCGCGAUAAGGUGGCUACCCUUGUGGCCAAUGCCCAGUCCAGUGCGGAGAGCCGCAUUAAGGAUAUUGAUCGCCAGCGUCAGGAAGACAUGCAAGUCAUCGCAAAUCGCUUCAACAAACAGAAGGAACUCUUUGUUCCGGAGCCAGCGGCAAGAGCGACUCCAGCGCCAGCGUCCGCAUCAGUACCGGUGACACACAUGCUUGAAAAGGCGGAACAGCGCAGUCGCGCGCUCGGCAUCAGCAAAGCCAGCAAAUUUCCUUUAACCGAGUGCAGCGUAGCAUCAUCUUCGGUGGCUCAAAAUUUGGAACCCACCAAGCCCAUGCCCAACAGGAGUCACUCGCCAGCAGGUCAAAGUAUCAGCAGCAGCAGUAGCAGCAGCGGCGGCGGCAAAGUUGUGAUCCUGGACAAGGCAAUGCUGGAGGCAUCGCCGACCAAGCUGCUGCGUCACUAUGCGGCCAUCAACAAAGAAAACAUGGAAAUGGGCAUCGAGAUAAACAUAACAUCAGCCAAGGAAAUUGGGGUGCAAGUUGAAAUUCAAGAGCAAGAGGUGACGGAUGACGAGGAGACGCCUGGCGAUGCUGUGGAUAAUCCCGUCCAGGCGAUCAAUCAGCCGCUGGCAAGAUUGCGGGACACCUCGAGGAGUCAAUUGAAGCGAAUGGGUGACUUGUACUCCAAUACUGCCGACCUGUCCUCUCCCAUUCAUCGUACGGAGGCGCAGUUCCAUACAGGUGACGAUGACGACGACUCAAGUCGACGGUCUCCUCGUCAGGGCAAACAGCGAUUAGGCAAGCUGGCUGCACUGGCCGACACCAUUAACCAGUGGGAAGACGACAUAGCGCAUCACGAUGUGCACAGACCAAUUAAAGCAGUGGCAGUACCUCCACCCAAACCCAGCCGGCAGGGAAAGAAAGGACCUGCCCCGCAACCGCCUAAGCGAGACGAGGGCGACGAAGGCGGGAAAACAAAGCAAUUGAAAUGGGAUCCCAAGGGAGAGGCGGCAGCCACUGCAACUGACACUGCCAAGCCGCCAGUUCCGGGAAAAUCGACGGCGGUCAGCAAGGUGGCCAGGACUUUUGGGCCCACCGCUUCAGCGGCGGUAUCCACGAAAAUAGCUUCUGUCUCUGGUACAAGCGUCAAGCCUGGCUUAGUAUCCGGGCGAGCAGCCAUCUUUGAAAACAAAGCGGGCGCUGGAGGGCAGAUGCAAGGAGGACACCGCUCCCAAAAGGAUCCGUGCGAGUUUUCACUUAAGGAGCGUAUGAAGCUUUUUGAGACCGGCAACAAUAAGGCCAUACUGCCGAAGGCUCCAAUAGCAACUGCAGCCAGCAUUACUCAGAUAAGACAAGAGGAGUCGAAAGGUGUGUGCGUCUUCGGUGGUAUAUUAAGCCUAACUCCCAUUGCUGCUUUUCCUGAUCCCAUAGCCCAUGUUGCUGCUGUGCAUCCUGUCACAGCGGCUGCUGUCUCCUCUACUGUGAGCGAUGUGGCGGCUCAAAAGCCCAAGCCAGAGAAUAAGUUGCGCGAUAAGGUGGCUACCCUUGUGGCCAAUGCCCAGUCCAGUGCGGAGAGCCGCAUUAAGGAUAUUGAUCGCCAGCGUCAGGAAGACAUGCAAGUCAUCGCAAAUCGCUUCAACAAACAGAAAGAACUCUUUGUUCCGCAGUCAGCGGCAAAAGCGACUCCAGCGCCAGCGUCCGCAUCAGUACCGGUGACAGUAAGCAAGCCGGUACGACCCAUGCCGCCGCCGCCACCGCCGCCCAUGUCUGGCCUCUCACCAGCCAUCGCCACCAGCAAGAGGAGCUCACCUGGGGAUGCGCCAAUUAUCGACGAGGAGUCAAAACGCGCUCGCAAAUCAAAUUCAGAGCGCCUCUAUCCCGCCCUAUCUGACCUCGACUCGAGUGGAGAAAACUGCUGUGCGACGGUAACAGCCACAGCCACCGACGACAGCGACCGACAGGAGCAAGACGAAACUGAAAGUUGCAUAGAUGAGUCGGAGGACCAGUCGCAGACUAAGGACUGCAGCACCGGCAUGUGCAGCCUUGGUCGCGAGAUUAUGAAAGCAGUGCAGCGCAAUGAGGCGGAGAUACAGCAGCAAGGCAAGAAGACUGUGCGCUAUGCAGAUCAGGAUUUAUACUACAACCACGAGGGUCAGGACAGUUCGGAUAAUUCGUCGCAGGUAUCGGCGGGCAUUGACGACUAUCUGGAUGAGGCUCUGGUCGAAGACUUUGGAAGCACUCAGGAUGAUGACAGCGAUGGCGCGGACGAGCACAACUCCAGCCACCUAUCGCUGGGCAGCAAGGGUACAACUGCCUCAAAUAGCUUCUCCUUCCAAAAAAACCCGACUUCAACGAGUUUCCUGCCUGUUGACGAGCAUCAGGAGAUCAUGGACGUGCAGACGCCGCUUCUGAGCGGGGCCCAACCGGUCAGGUCGGACCUGAGCUUAAAGCAGGACAACGACAAUCUGGUCACCCUCGUCCACACAGUGAGCUUCUAUCGCCGCCAGCAGAGUGCAAAUAUCUCAACCUCUACACCGGUGCGCAAGAUAUUUCGCGAACAGCAGGUGAUGCGAUCGGCUUUGGCUGGCGACUGCCACGCCAAGCACAAGCUAGAAUACGACUCACCUCAGCAUGGCGGGAUGGCGGAGGCCGGUGCCGGAGCCAGCAUGGAUGACCACACCGAUGAUGAUGACGAGGAGCUGCAGAAUGCACGCGACUCCAAUGAUGCCACCCAGGCGCAGGACAAGAUCAAGAAGUUACUGAGCGAGGUGUGCAAGCAGCAGCAAGUUAUUGGCCAGACCAGUCAGGCCUUGAAUCUGUGCGCAGCUACCGUGGAGUUCUCCGGCUCCACAGAGUCCGUAGAGGGAGAGCGGUAUCUGUUGCUGGCAACUCAUCGUCGACAGUCCUGUUUGGAUGAGGUACAGCGUCUGCGUGUGGAAAACAGCGUCCUACCGGUGGGUGGACCAAAAGAAAAGGGUCUGUUGACUGUCAAGGACAUUAUCAUUCCGUUGCGGCAUGAGUAUUUGCGCAAAAUGGCCUCGGGCAGCAUCAAUGGCCAUCAUCUCGUUUGUCUUCUCAAGUACAACGAACACGUGCUGGCCACCAAGACUGUGUCGACCAUGCCCGGACUGGUGUCCGUUCAGUUUCCCGAUGUUCUCCAGCUAAACAAUGUCUAUGCAGACUUUCGGAUCACGCUUGGAAUCUAUGGAAUGCUGGCACAACGGGAACAGUUGCCACACGACCUCAAGUACCACAUAAACCUGAACAAGAAGGGCGGCGUAAAGACGCCAAAGAAAAAGGGAGGCGAGAAUCGCUUAGUCAUGCCACCAGUGCAGAGUCCGGCCGGCCCGCAUGUAGUGCGAACGCCUCAAUUGGUGCAAUACGGGUUCGCCAUUUUCUCGCUGCGAGAGAUACAGCGCACCAGCUGGACGCUAACCCAAGUGCUAGGCGUCAGCCCUCUGGAGGGUGUCGUCCACAUGAAGGUCAACUGUGAGCUGUCCGUGAGCGUGGAGUACAAGGGAUUCCUCACCAUUUUCGAGGACAUAUCCGGUUUUGGUGCCUGGCAUCGUCGCUGGUGCUAUCUCAAUGGCUCUGUACUCAACUUCUGGAAGUACCCCGACGAUGAGAAGAAGAAGACUCCCAUAGGCAGCAUCGAUUUGAAUGCGUGCAGCUCACAGAAAGUCACCACCGCGCCGCGCGACAUCUGCGCCCGCCUCAACACCAUGCUGCUCGAGUGCGAGCGCCCGGCCAAGGACACGGAUCAAGAGUCGCUGAUAAUAGUGCCCAACGGACGCACCACCACAAUCCGCCACCUCCUCUCCGCCGAUACCAAGGAGGAGCGUGAAGAGUGGUCCGCUUACUUCAACAAGGCUUUGACUCUGCUGCGGGCCUGGGGGCCCACCCAAUGAUGGGACUAACUAACCGCUAACAUUUUUGCAAUUGCUGUCACCCGUGACCCAUGACCCCUGACCCUAGAUCCUGACAGGGGCUCUUUAAAGUUUUCUCUUUUUAAGUUUUUUAAUGUUCUAAUUUGCAUUGCGUUUGGUUUUAUUUUUUGUUUUUGUCGUUUCUUUGUUCAGUAUUUAAAUAUUCUUCGUAUUCUACUGGCACAUGUUUGUGUUCGAGUUAGAUAUGUAUAAGGUAUUGUUUUAAUACCUUUUAUAUGUACGACCAGAUCAUGUAUAUUGCCUUUAGGAUGUGUCUCAAAAUAUAUAUGUAUGUAAAUCCCAGUAAAAUCGCUGUUACACACUGAUAACUUUA